UUCUCUCUUGCAGUUUGUGAACACAAAGAAUCAUAUAUAAAAGCAUGGACUUUCUUCGAAAUUUCAAACUUUUGUGCAUUUACUCACAGGAAUGUUCUUAUUAAAAAUUUGGUGGAGUUGAUCAUGCAUGAGAGCAGCACAGGGAUGACAGAAGCACCAUUUUCAAACAAGAAAAACGACACUGAGAUCACAGUGAAGGAGCAAUAUGGUGGAGAUUCUGAUGACAAAGAAAUUGUGCAACUGCAAAUUGAGGGAAGAGACUUGUCUUUGGUAGAUGGGACGUAUGAUAAGCCUCUUGCAUGCUUUGGUUGUGGCAUUGGAUGGUUCUCGUUUCUCUUGGGAUUUGCUUUUCCACCAAUAUGGUAUUAUGCUACUGUGCUUUAUUUUGGAAAUUAUCUUAAAGGCCCCAGAGAGCGACCUGGCCUUGCAGCAUCUGCAAUUGCAGCUUUAAUUUGCUCAGUCAUUGUCUUGGUUACUCUGCUUGCUGUUUUCUGGUAGCAGAUGCUACCAAGUUUCUUCCAGAAAAGCAGAGGACGUAGCCAAGUACUGUUGGAUUAUCAAUCAAAUUGAAAAUAUUAGUAGUUAGGAAUGUCAUCGGCAAAUGUUCUCUUCUGCCACCGAUUGUUGUAACAUUUUAGGUGUUCUCUUUUGCCUCCUACUGCACAUGUUUUAGUCAUUAUCUUCA